AUGGCAUCUACGGCCUUUCCAGUACUUGCGCCUCUAGAACCUCCCCGAGCCGCAAAUGAGCGUCCCUUUCCAGUGCACUUCCGACACCCAGCGUAUCCCGAAAACGCGCCUCCACUACUGGCUCUCUUUGCUGCAAACGGGGUUCUCGACUACGACUUGGCUCUUGUCUGCUGUUGUAUCCUCGCGGCAACAAACUGGGAUAAGGGAUACUUAGCUGUUAGGCAACAGGGUCUGGUGUUCAAUAGAACCCAGCGCCCGUCGGACGGCCUACUGCGCGGCAGGGAAUAUUUCUUUUGUCUGGAGGACGCUGCUGUCUCGGAAAAAUACCCUAUCAUACACUCUUUCCACAACUGGCGGUUCCCGCAUGACAACCUGCCACCACAAUGGGCACGACUCGAUAUACCCGAAUAUUUACCUCCGCCGCCUUUGAGCGGGCCUCCGGCAGUCACGGUGCGUGAUGGAGGCUGUCGCAUUUCGGGCUAUAUAGAUGCGGUUGAACUGGCGCAUCUGAUACCGGCAAAGGAGAAAGAAUGGUUUGUGUCGAAUCAGAUGUCAAAGUAG